UAUGAUUUGUAGAUCGGCGCGGAAGUGGCCCGGAUGAAGCAGGACUUUUAAGCGGAGCUGUGACAUUAUUAGCAAAGCUCAAUGUGACUUUUCUGAGCUGGUCGCAAACGUUGCGAUUAAAAUGUUUCUCACCGCCGUCAACCUUGCCAAGAGCAAAUCAAAAACCGUCCUGGUUCAGAUGAUGAGCGCAGCAGGAACGGGUUACUGCUUCAACACAAAGAGAGGACGACUAAGAGACAAACUGGUCUUGCGAAAGCAUGACCCUUUUGUGAAUAAGCAUGUUCUUUUCUUUGAGAAGAAGAAGAUCCGCUCUAUCUGAGCACGGACCAGCCUGGGACUGAUGAUAAGGACACGGGGAGAAUUUCAGGCUCUUUUUUUUUUUUUUUGUACUUAAACAUGCAACUCGUUUGCAUUGUUUCAGGUUUUUGCAAGGACCGGAUAUAUGAGUAAGAGCUCAAGGAAGCUGACCAACGUCAGACAUAUCAAACAGCUCAAUACCAUCAAGAAUGACGAGAAGUCCCACUGGAACCAGAGGAUGUCUGUUCAUCUAUGAUGAUUAUCUACAAAGAAAGAGUCCUGCAGUGGUCAGCAUUUUGUUUUAAGUUGAGAAAAUGUCUGUCUUAAAAAUUCCAGCGUCGCAGUAAUAUUUAAAGACUCUUGAUUUGUAAUGUUGAAAUUUUGCUAAAAUACAAGACGUAUAUCCUAUUAGA